AUAGUUGACUUUCAGUUUGAUAGGUGCCCGGAAGUGGCACGUUCUUACCACGGGUAGAUUUCCGGUGUUAUAAAAGCAAGAGACGCGGAGUAGUCACUUUGACGAAGUAGUCAACAUGGAACGAGAAGCGCAAGACAGCUUGCCGAGGAUGACAGUGACGGAGCUGGGGGACUUUCUCCGGGGACCCCCGAACGGCUUCUCGGUGGAGAGCAAUCCGCUCCGCAGCGUCGUCCGCGGGGACCCCGACACGAGCCUGCUGCUGGCCGACCCCUGCGACACGUCCGCGGGCAGCGUCGUCUUCCACGGCUCGCUGGGCAGGAGCAUCACGUUGACAGACUUGUGGCAGUACAGCGACUUCCGGAGGAGCCUGGUGUCCAAAAACAUUUUCGUGCUGGUAGCCACGCGCAUGCCUCAGAGCACAGAGGUAGCGAAGCUCUAUGUGGUGUGCAUGCGGGGCGCUGACCCAGUGGUGCGGUGGCACAUGGAGGCGGGCUUGAACUGGGCCAUCUCGUCAGUGGCGGGCGAAAGCUACGAGGUGGAAGUGGACCUGACCGACGCACUGGACACGUGGGCGGCCAGCAACAUGGCCGGUAUCAGACCGGAGUGGGUUGACGCCUCCUUCACGCUCAAGUACCACUCGGAUGCACUUUUUGACUUCCCGCACUGGCUGGGAUUCAGCAAGAGGAAGUUCAAGUUGCGACUCUCCUGAUGCGGACGGAGGACCGACUUUGUGGGGAAAAAUGCGAUUGGACGCCGCCGCCCGGAAAACAACUCUCUUGCAUUAUGCUGUCGUAUGAUGGAUGUGAUGUUUUGCACUGAUGCGUUUAUACACUUUUUAUACUUUACAUUGUUUUUAUUGUAUGUUCAGAUAUAUGCCCCCCCCCCCUUCCCAAAAAAGGUGCUGUUUUGGGUGGUGAUUCAUUUUUAUUGCCAAUAAAGUGAUUUGGACCCGG